GCCCACGGCGUGCCCACGCCUCGUGUCGCCCAUAAGGAGGAGGCGGUGAGCAGGGAGCGGCUGUGCAACCCGAUCCAGCCCAGUCCAGCCGAACCCAACACAGAACCCGGCCCAGGCGAGCAAGCACAGGACCGACGGGAAAGAGGCACACAGCUAGCUGCGUGUGCCGCCCUUCAACUCGUCCGAGUCGGUGGGCGACGCCAUGGCUGACGAGCAAAAGCAGAGUUGGUUGGCGGAGGACCUCCCUGCACAGGAGGCGGCGGACAUCAAUAGCUCCCCGGCACAUCCCUGGACUGGCGAACCCCAGGCAACCGUGCUUAAUGACUCCGAUGCUGGUGACGAUGGGAAGGACCAUGUCGUCGAGGAAGUGACGAAGGGCGUGGCCAGCGUGGAGGCCCUGGAAGAAUCUCCGACGAGCCUGCAGGAGGCCACCACGUCUGAUUCUCUGCAGGACGAGCAACAGCCAUAUGGAGCGGACGAGGAAGAGGAUGACUCCACCGCAGCCUGCGUGAACGGUGUGGGGAACCCAGAGACGUCGUCGCACGACGACCCAGAGGUCGCCGAGGAAAGAGAAGAUUCUGUCGAAGAGAAUCCCACUACACUCGAAGAAGAGAAACUGUCGCUGCAAGAAGCUACGUGCCUCUUGAAAUUGCCGUUGGAAAAAGAUCUGGGCCCCUUGAUGGCACCAACCAGCAUGGUGGCGGAGCCGAGUAGUCCGGCUGGUGCUGAAGCAGCCUCGCAAGACAACUUGCUGCUUGCUGGAGCUGGAGAAAAUCUUUGGCUUGGGCACGACAUGGAAACUGGACCUAGUCCCUUGAAUGCUGAGGAAGUGCUGGAGAGCGGUGCCCUCUUUGAGAGUGCGGCCACCGAUGGUCCCUGCUCCAUUGAGAGUCCGAUUCACCAGGAUGGUACUUUAGCUGUUGAGAGUGCCCCUCUGGAGAGUCCGCACAGCGAUGUGGAGUCACUGUUGACCCCUGCGGACUUGGAGAACCACGGUUCAGUGCAAGAGGCGGCUGAUGUGUCGCAAGAAGAGCCGCUCGAUCAUCACGAGGAGCCCCAACCAGCUUGCGCAUCGGAAGAUACCGCAGCGGCCAAGCUGGUGGAGCCCGCGGCGGACUGGGUGGAGCCCACAGAGCUGGCGGCUGACCGAGAGGAGGAGCAGCUGGUGCCCAGUGUGGCAUUCGUCUCGGAAGUGGAGCCCGUGCCGGAGCUUGCAAUUUGUCCACGUACAGUCCUCGCAGACGAGCGGCUGCUGGGGGACCUGGCGUUCGAGCUGACGCCGCCAGCAACCCCGCAGCAGGCAGAGGGUCGCGAUUUGGCGCAGCCGAGCUGCGCCGGGACCUCCGAUGAGGAGGGCGCGCUACCGCAGCCGGAACUUGCCACACCCCAGCCUCCAGAUACACCACCAGAACGGGAAGACGGUGCCCAUUCCUUGGAGCCUGAACCGGCCGGCGAGCCGAUACCGGCCGGCGAGCCCGCUGUUGAAUCCACGCUAAAACCCAAGGCCUCUUCGUUGCCUCAGUCCAAAACGAUGACCCCCGCGAAGACGAAAGGAGCAGGGCUGGCAGGGCUGGCCGCGUCCAAGCGGCCCGCAGGCACACCAGUCGCCAGCACAUCCAAGAAGCCCCGGCCCGAGGGGGGGGUGGCGUCACCGGCAACGGCGGCUAAACGGUCGCCCCUCUUCACUGCCAAAUCUGCCACCGCAGCCAAGGCUUCCCCAACGGCCGGUGCCAAUAAGGACCCAAAGGGCAAGCUGGCGAUGGAGGGGAAGGCGGUGCCCAAGCCGUUGGAGAAACGCGUCGCAACAACGCGCAUCUCCACCACCACAACCGCCACCACCAAGCCUGCCACGGACACCCCGCCACGGGCUGCCACCGCUAGGAUGGCUGCCAAAACUACGACCAGCGUCCUAAAGGCUCCCCCACCAUCCUCGGCCACCGCCAAAAGGACUGUCGCCACUGGUGUCAAGGGAGAGCCAAAGGGAGAGGCAAAGCUGGCCGAGCCCAAGAAACUUACAAGGCCUUCGGUGAAGCUUUCUGGAGCCCGGCCGAAGGUGGCGUCGACAGCAGCGACUACAGACACAAAGGGCCCAGCGCCAGCGGGGGCCAGCAACAUCGCACGCACCCGGCCAGCCACAGCCCCCAGCCGCCAUGGUCUGGGAGCAACAAUGAGCAGCAGGAACGCAGUGGUGGCCCCUACGCCCAGUGGUGGCACGGAACGCAAGCCCGCACCUUCGUCUGCCACCGCGGCACGAACUGGACCCCUGGCAAGGGCAUCGCCGAUGGCGAACAGGACCCUGCGGCCCACCACGGCCCCUGAGGCCCGUGCCGCGUCGUCCCGUCCGGGAGCGCCCAUCGAGAAUGGGAAGCCCAACGCUGUCCCCGGGAGAUUGUCCAAGGAUGCUUCUGCUCGUGCCCCUGCAAGGACAGGAGUGAAGUCCACAACGACUAAAGUCACGGUUAAGAAAGUGGAAACUGAUGGCACAAAACCGACCCUUCCCACCGAAGUUAACAAGUCGACUUUGACGACCACAAAGACGACGGUCGUCCGUACCCAGCUUAAAACUGCUGGGAAGGUCGACGCGAAGAAUACAAAUGUGGCGGCGACGAACAGGAAGCCGCCAUUGGAGAAAAACACCGGAAAACUCACCCCGAAAACCCCCACUCCAAAGAAAUCCGUUGGCGGCUCCAAGGCUGAGAACCACAAGCCCAGCCCCACAAAAUCUCCCUCUACCAACGGGCCUUCGGAUGACACCCUGGCGGUCGAAAAUGGCAACGUCGCGGAGCAGGGCGGCGGCGACGGUGUCGGGGGACACGGUGGCUCGCCGGUGCGCCAGAACGGGAACGCCCUCUCACCCGGCGUCGAGGAAAACGCCAACGAGCACCACAACGCGCCGUCGGCGUGCAAGGAGGAAGCGCAGAGUGGAAACCCCCAGUUGGAGGAGCCAAUCCACGAACAGCAUCCCCAGCCUGUGGAAGUCGAACAAAACUAAUUACCUUGUGGAGUCGACGCGACCCGGGGCCCUUGAGGCGGAUGUCGCGCUCGGAAGACACUUCACGGUGGAGCGGUCGCCCUUACUCAACAAUAUUGUGACGCCGAUAAACGCAAGGGCGUUGUCAUUUGCUGCUUUAUACCCCCUCACGUAAUAUCAUAUUUUACCACAAUAUUGAAAGUAUGGCCAUGGACGCUAAUUUAUUUACCUGUUAAUGGUCUUCAAGGUGGGGUCACCUGGCUUUUACAUCGUGCAGGUUCUGCCCGCUUUCCCCCUGCAAGGAGUUGGCGGCAUCAAUGCAGUUUCUAAUUGUGUCAAACCUUUAAUGUUAUUAAUCCUCGGUUAAGGCGGAGUAGAUGUUAGAUCUGAGUGAAAUUUAAUAAUACCAUUUUUAGUGUUUGGCUCCUUGAUAAAAGAUUGAUUAGCUGGCUCUCGGGCCUAUCCAUUUAUAUCUUGAGUAUUCCAAAUGGAUAAGCAUGUUUUUUGAAGGUUAAUCGUUGCGGUGAGGAUUUAUGGGAAGGCUGAUGGUUUAUGGAAGGGAUUGCCCGUUUACUUUCACAGAUGGAAGAUGCCUCCCCGAGGCAAAUUGCGUUUAAGCUGCUUUUGGGUUUGGAUGGCAAUGAGCUGACGUGGGGCAGCCUUUUAUUUGUAAAGGUUCCUUUUGAAGGGGGUGGAUUUGAUGGCAUUUGAGUGCGGUAGAAGUGGUUGGCGAUACGCUUGCGAUGAGGCCCUUGGUGGUGGUAUCCGGAAUGUUGAAGUUGGUCUGUGGCAAGUCGUUUUAGAGAUGGCUCUUCAGAAAGUUAACUUUGCUUGCUUUUAUAAUUAUGUAAGGGCUUUAAUAAUUUGAAUUAUAACUAUUUAACAAUAAAAGCCUUUAAAACAACUAGCCUCUUAACAAAACAGGUAUACACGUCCUAUGCAAUAUGCUUGUCUUCUCCUAACAGUCUGCUUGUAACAUUUUAAUCUGAGCUUGUUUCUCUCUCAUGUAGUUGCCCCUUUUAUGUCUCUACAGCCAUACUAAUGACCCUAUGUAGAUUAUAACAUUUUAGUGUACUUUCCUUGUGCAAAACUUGCUAAAUUUGCCAGGCCAUGAAAUUGUUCCAAUUGCUAAGCAACAGGUUGUGUUGCGUGAAAUGUCCCCUGCGAGAGUGCAUUGCUACAAUUUUACUUCACUUAGACCCUUACCAAUACUCCGAUUCUCGAACAUUAAAUAAUACAUCAUUAUCUACCACGAUGAACUUGAGGGUAUUCCAAACCAGUGCAAACCUUUAUCUUUAUUACAAUUCGGUACAAAUAUUCCAGGUGUCUGCGCAGGAGGUCUUCACGUUGGUUUUUGUUAGAUGCCUCGCCUCCUCCCUCCUGUUGACGACGAAGAUGUUUACAAGUGUGGUAAUUUCUCCCACUCGUUCGCGAGACCAGCAUGCUCUUUAUGGAUUUUUUUUGCCGAGCACGUGUAGGAACCAGCUUUUGGGGGAGCCCUCGUUGAGCCCUCUAGUAAAUGUGUGGAGGAUCAGUGAUUGUAAAGUGAGAGACGUGAAUGAAGGCCAACGCGUGUUGCUCCACUGCCCAAACGAGGCUCUCGCCCAACAGGUGUGAUGUGGUUUUGCUUUACGCAGGUAAAUGAUAGAUUCGUUCUUGUACUUUAGGGGUUUGUUUCUCUGCUUGUGAAAUUGUUUUCCAAAGUUUGGCAAUUUCAGAUUUUUUUUUUUUACAUUGAAUUCUGGCUUUCAGUUAAUUUUGAGCAUGCAGGAUGUUUUUAAUCUGAGAGGUAGACGCCUCCGACGUGAAUUGAGACAUUUGUGUGAAACUUUUCAAUAAAAAUUUAUUAAACUGAGCAAAUGUUGA